AUGCUCGCGAGGGUUGCUCUGCGUGCAGUCUUCGCUUCUCGACCAGCACUCGCCGUCUCCGCCCGUCCGCGCCUUUCGCCUCUCCUUCGCACGCUCGGCAUGACUGCUACGCUUUCGAACGGACACCCGCCGUCAACUCUCGCCUCUGUCGGCGAGAGUAUCGCCCACAUGCGCGAGGAAGAGGUCGAUCGGCGAUAUAGGCCGUUCUUGGCGACGAAGAAUGGAGAGGACGAGCCGGACUGGGUUGAGGCGCUCGAGCUGGAUACGGCGCGGGAGAUGCAGGCGAAGGAGAAGCGGGUCAAGGUGUUGGUGUUGUAUGGCUCGCUGCGUCAACGUUCCUUCUCCCGCCUGACAGCCUACGAAGCCGCCCGAGUCCUCGCUCGGUUAGGCGCCGACGUCCGAGUCUUCGACCCGACAGGCUUGCCCAUCAAGGACGACGUCUCGGACAAGCACGAGAAGGUGGUCGAGCUGCGAGCGUUGUCUGACUGGAGCGACGCGCACUUCUGGUGUUCGCCUGAACAGCAUGGGACUGUUACUGCUGUGUUCAAGAAUCAGAUCGACUGGAUCCCGCUAAGCGUAGGCUCUGUCCGCCCAACGCAAGGCCGUACCGUGGCUGUCUGCCAAGUCAACGGCGGAAGCCAGUCGUUCAACGUUGUCAAUCUGUUGCGAGUCCUCGGAAGAUGGAUGCGCAUGUUUGCCAUCCCGAACCAGUCGAGCAUACCGAUGGCAUGGAAGCAGUACACCUCCUCCGACCGCCUCUUGCCCUCCUCAAAUCGCGACCGACUAGUCGACAUCUGCGAAGAGCUAAUCAAAGUGACGCUUCUCCUCCGGCCACAUUUCGAUCUGCUGGGCGACCGGUACUCGGAGAGGGAGGAGAAGAGGGAGCAUGGGAGGUUGAGGACUCAGGCGGAGGUUGAGGCGGCGAAGAACACGAAAGGAGCGCAGAAGGAUGCGAAGUAG